AUGAAUAUGUCGUCAGGGAUAAAUGAUUCAACGUUCAAUUUGAUAUGCAUCAAUAUUAUACCUCAAAUCUAUGAUCGGAUAACAUCGAUUGUAAUAACUCAUAGUUCUCGUGUUCGUACACUCAGUUCAAUAUCUGAUAAUUUUAAUCAAUUUGUUUCAUUACGGAAGCUGACACUACUUGAUAUCGAUAGUAAAAGUGAUUUAGAGCAUAUUUUAUUAAAAUACCAACAGCAAUUAUCAGUAUUGUUCAUUCACACAAACAAAAUUGAGGAUGAAACAGUCAUUAGUGAUAUAUGUGCAAUGGUUUUGUGUGAAAAGUCGGUGAAUUUAAGAAACUGUUCAUUGAAUUUUCGCAAUAAUUGUGUAUUUAAAAAUGUAACAAUGUCAAAUAUUGAAUGUUUAACAAUCGGAUGGUGCUCAAUGUCCGAAUUGUUCUUCUUACUUAUUCACACGACAAAAUUACGAAAACUGAAUAUUCGGUAUUUGUGUAAUUAUGAUUAUCGUACAUUAGGUGAAACUCAUUUGAUGAUAAAUAACCUAAAUGUUUUCUUAUACUUUGUACCAUUUAAUAACGUCGAACUAUUAUUGAAAUACUUACCAAAAUUAAAGAAAUUAACAAUCAAAGGACAAUUAGACGAUUUCAAUUACACAGACAGCCAAUUAUGGCAAACUCUUUUGACAUCGUCGUUGCCAUUAUUAACAUUAUUUUCCUUGGAUAUCACUAUUUUGACUAGAAUAUCUGAUACACGGGAUAUUGUAGACAAAUUUCAAACUGAUUUCUGGACUCAGCGGUGGAAUUUAACCAUCAGUUGUCGAUACCAUAAAAGUUUGAUAUUAGUUGUUAAUGGAAAACAGAAAAUCAAUGAACAACAAUCAUUAUCGAAUGAGAUUCAAGAAAGUUUAUCUGAAAGUUGCUAG